AUGAUUAUCGAUGAACUUCAUGCCAGUGCUUUAAUUCAGAUUAGUGAACACUUUAUAAAACUAGCGAUAGUUAUCCAGAGUAUAAAUAUGGCUUCGUGGAUUUUAGUUACUGCUACCCCACAGCUAUUUCCAGUUUUCCGUAUAAAUCAAGCGAAUCAAAAUUGUCAUGGUCCUACUGAUCGAAUAUUUGGACACCAAGGCCAAGUGAUGGGACAUUAUGGUUCAUUGGGAUUAGCGUUGCCAGGCUUGCCUUACUUUGGAUUUCCAGGGCUGGCGGAUACUAGUAAUAUGCUGCAGUAUCCUGGUUUGCUACCAGCGCUUAAGCCACAUGGUCCUUUUACCGGUGAUAAAUCUUCGAAUAUUGGUGAUUUUCAUUCUUUUUUCAGUUGCAAGGACAAAAAUGAAAAAUGUCCGUUUUGGGCAAGCACGGGUCAGUGCGCAAGCGAUCCAAUUCACAUGAAUCGUAUAUGUCCAGAAUCCUGCGGAAGCGGCUGCAUAAAUAUAGAUAAAGGUCUCUUAAAUUAUGGGAGCAAUGUGGGUAACAACGCUAUACCUAUUACGAGGACUUUGUACGGGAAUGGCAUCGAUUCUUAUGCAUUGGCAUCGAGAUUUGGUCACGAUUUGGUCGAUUUUGAUCACAAAACUAAUUCAGGCAAUAAUCUCUGA